UGUGUCUAUAUAUAUGUAUGUAUGUAUGAAGGGAGCGACGCUGGUACACAAAAAGCGUCUGGUCGGGAUCGUCCCCCACCAGCCACAAACCCACAGCUAACAGUGCAGGACCACCGACGAGAAGAGCAAGAAUGACAUCGUCGGGCAUCGGCGGCAGGUACAUGACUUACGCUCCGUCACCGUCUGCUCCUCACUCUCCUCAGAUAUCUGGGCUACGGUCUGCUCCUUCGUCCACCUCCGCCAUUAUCCUCGACCAGGAGAAAUAUCUCUCUGAGUUACUGGCGGAGCGCCAGAAACUUAGUCCAUUUAUGCCUGUGGUACCAAUUACUUAUCGAUUGUUAAAUCAAGAAAUAUUGCGUGUAACCACGCUGUUGGGGAAUGCAUCAGUUUUAGGGCAAAGUGGGCUUGAACAUGCUAGCCCCCUGGCUUCUGGAGGGAUAUUUUCAAAUGGAGGAGCCGAUAUGAACGGAUGGGCAUCACGUUUUCGAUCAGAUAUCUCGGGUUUAUUACAGCCCUCAGCAACACAAAACUGGUUGAGUUCUCAAGGUAGCUCAUCUGGCCUUAUCGUUAAGAGAACAAUCAGAGUGGAUAUUCCUGUCGACAAGUAUCCUAAUUACAACUUUGUUGGGCGCCUUCUUGGCCCUAGGGGGAAUUCUCUUAAGCGAGUGGAAGCAAGUACGGAGUGCCGUGUUCUUAUCAGAGGUCGUGGUAGCAUCAAGGAUCUAGCCCGGGAAGAAAUAAUGAGAGGGAAACCUGGGUAUGAGCAUCUGAAUGAACCUCUCCAUAUCCUCAUUGAGGCAGAGUUACCAGUUGAAAUAGUUGAUGCUCGCCUAAUUCAAGCACGUGAAAUACUUGAAGACUUAUUGAAACCUAUUGACGAAUCUCAGGAUUUGUACAAAAAACAGCAGCUAAGAGAGCUAGCAAUGAUCAAUGGUACGCUUCGUGAUGAAGGUUCUCCCAUGUCUGGUUCGGUAUCACCCUUCCACAACAGCCUUGGUAUGAAGAGAGCGAAGACUAGAGGGUGAGGGAUUCCUGCUUCGAGUGGUACUGGCAUUUGGAGCAUGAUUUGAGUUGGUUUACCAGUACACAGUAAUUCCCUCCCAACAGGUGUUGCUGUCGGACUAUCCUCCACCUGCCAUCAGGGCACUGGCUCUUUCUAGUGUGCCAGUUCUAACCUUUGUUAUAUGAAGUGUGUUUAUCGUAUGUUUGGAGGAGAGGUUAAUGACAGUAUCAUGUGGUCAGGACAGAGUUCGAGGAUUUGCUUUCUGAUGUGGCUUUUAGUCUGUUUGGGUGGAGCAGUGUCUCUCAGAGAUUGUCAGUGUAUUAUUAGGCUUAUCAUAUACGUUUAAUGAAAGUUGUGAUAUAUUGCUGGUGUAUUUAUGCUUGCUAAUUAUCCUAAUAGCGCAGUGUUUGUAUACAUAAUAGGUAGUCGAACUGUGUUUGAAAUUUAUGCCUAUUGUCUCAGUUUGAGGGUCUGAAUUAUUAUUCAUGUUUAGAUUGUAACUGAAAAUAGGUCAAGGCAUUAUGGUCUU